CCUGUGACAUAUAAAAGAGAGACAAUUUUCAAGCGAAACCAGUUUUUCAUAUAAGAAAGAAGUAUUUUCUCUUUGUUAUCCCAGACCAACAUAUAAAAUAAGUUACUUCAUUAAAAUAAUAUCAUAUGCCCACAUUCCACUUGUCCUAGGCCUAGAAGUCAUUAUUUGCCUACACAGACUGUGGAUGCUUAAUCUGCGGACAGCACAGAGCCAGUUUACCCAUGAAGUGCGAGAGCCAGGGCUGUAUGUCUGGAGGGUUGAGAAGAUGAAGGCCGUGCUCCUCGAACCAUCACAAAGGGGAAUCUUCUACAAUGGGGAUUCAUAUAUUGUGCUCGGCAACCGUGGAAAGGACGGAAGUGACCUACACAUGUGGAUGGGUGAGAAAUCAUCCCGGGAUGAGCAGGGUGCUUGUGCCAUGCUUGCCACUCAGUUGGACAGCUUCUUGGGAGGAGAGCCAGUACAACACCGACAGGUGCAAGGAUACGAGUCACCUGAGUUCAUGGGACUCUUCCCUAAAGGAGUCAGCUACAAGGAGGGUGGGGUGGAUUCUGGGUUUAAGAACGCCAGGACCAGGAUUGGCCCUGUUACACAUCUCUACCAAGUCAAAGGAAAGAAAAACAUCCGUGCAAGAGAGGUGGAGCUUAGCUGGGGGAGCUUCAACAAGGGCGACUGUUUUAUACUGGACCUUGGAGAGACUAUAGUCACAUGGAGAGGUUCCAAAGCCAAUAUGUUUGAGCGUCAGAAGGUGCGUGAGAUAGCAAUGCUGAUCAGAGACACUGAAAGGAAUGGGAAAGCUCAAAUCAUUGAUGUGACCGAGGGAGAGGAACCACUGGAGAUGGUUCAGGCACUUGGUCCAAUACCAGCUCUGAAGGACGGCUCAACAGAGGAAGAUGCUGAUGCAGACAUUACUAAUUCUGCUUCCCUUUACAAGGUGUCUAAUACGACUGGCCAAAUGAUCUUGACAAAACUAUGUGACAAAGGCCCUUUCAGUCAAGAGCUGCUGGAGAAAAAUGGCUGCUUCAUCCUGGACAAUGGAUCUAGUGGGAAGAUUUACAUUUGGAAAGGUAAUGGAGCCAAUGCGGACGUGAAGACAAUUGCCCUGAAGGUGGCAGAUGAGUUUAUUACAGAAAUGAACUAUCCCAGGAUGAGAACGCAGGUGGAAAUUCUCCCUCAGGGCCGUGAAUCUGUCCUCUUCAAACAGUUCUUCAAGAGCUGGAGAUAAACACACACCAACAUAUAGGAUGUACUGUAUGUAGAAAGUGGUACUCAUUUUGUAUAAUCACAAAGCAUACUAGUUUAGCUUAUCUGUUGCAACUCUUUGCUAUUAGCCAAAACAUGCUUGUUUGAUCCCAGGUUUUGUGAAAACUGGGAUGGGUGGCAUUUUUAUUCAGGAACUGCCCAUUUAAUAAAUAUAAAUACAUUUCUGAAUUGUUGAUUCUGUCACAUGUAUAAUGCUUUGCAUUAAUAUAAAGUGCCUAUAUACAA